AAAGCUUCAGGGCUAUUGCUCUCUAGACUCCUCUCCUCUCCUCUCUCUCCCAAUUUGAGUUCCCUUCAGCCUUCAUCGGAGCUCUUGUGGGUCGUUUCGAUUGUAGAACUGAACCAAAAUCUGUCCAGCUUUCCAUAAAGACCAUCAGCCUACCCACAAAGCUAUUUUCUAACCCACCCAGCAUUCACUUAGCAUUCACCCAUUAUUCACUGCUACUAUUUGCUACUGUUUACCACUCUUUCCUCAUCAUUUACCACCAAUUACCGCCACCGUCAUCCCUACUACCAAUCACUGGACAAGCCAUUGACACUUGACCCUACCCUACCCUUGGACGCUAUAAAACUUGCGAAUAUCAACCCCAGAACCGAGAUAUAUCACUAGCAUUAUCAUUAUCCACAGGCAUUUACCGGUUACCUGUACGCCCUAACUAAAAAAAGAAGUCACUACAGAGAGCUACAGCGAAGCACGACAGGGGCCAUAAAAAAAAGUCAAAAUAGCUUUACCGCCGCCAGGCAACUAAUACCAAGGAACAAGCUUCAACCCGUAAGCAACUCAAUUCAUAGUUUGGACACUGCCUAGCAUUACAAUUUCGCGCGGCUCUUUGGAUCACUUAUAGAGCAACAUUAUUCGACAACCACUCUUGUACUUCUAUGGGAUACGGCCAUAUAUUAGAUUAUUCGGGUUAAGUUCGAAUCGGCCAAGAGACAGGGAGCCAGGAAACGCAAUUCAGGCGAUAUACUCGAAUAAAUAAAAGCAUAGUGGUUGCAUGGCCAUAUAUACCAUUCGAUUCCCUCAACGUUCCCAAUCGACCAGCAUAUACUGGAGAAGAACUCGACAUCAAUAUUGCGGUAUCAUAUACGCAAACUUUAAUCUAUGCUACGAAGCUAGCAGAACAAGCAAAGGCUGUUCGCGACAGAUCUUAAGCCGGCUUUCACUUAAUGAUUGUUGCAAUGGCCAUGGCUAACAUUUUGUACGUACUCUUCAUCCAAGCUACUCCCAGAGCCGUUUUCUGGGGUAUUGGGAGAAGCCUUCGCACAUGCCAAUCGCAUUGGCACCUAUCGAACGAGAAUAAGGGCUUCCCGCUCUCCUGCUCUUGCCUUGACAUUUCCGAGCUUUCAUGCAUGCGCUGACUGAAUUGAUUACAUAGAUCACUUCCCCCUGCCGCCUCUUCGGAUCACCAAUUGCCUCCGCCCGAUUAUUACGAGAAUGGACGCUUGUACCAUGGAUUUCACAAAGAGAAAUACAUGUUUCCUUGCGACGAGGUAAAUGCGCCGGGUUUUGCCAGGUGGGAUUUUACCCGCGAAUAUAUGCUGAUAUUUGACCACCCAUAGGACGAAAAGGACCGCUAUGACAUCUUCCACAAAUUCUUCCAAGUCGCAAUGGGGGGAGUGUUACACUCUAGGAAUACAAAAUUCACGAAGAAUUAUGAUGGACCACGAAUUUUGGAUUUGGGGACAGGUACCGGAAUAUGGGCGAUCGAUAUGGCCGAGUAAGAAUAAGAUUUUGUCUCGUUUGAGGCUGUAAUCUGCAAAAAAAAAAAACACAUGGAACUGACAUCUUCGGCAUAUAGCAAAUAUGGUUCAAAUAAUGGUACAGGUGAAGUCCUUGGGCUUGACCUAGCUAAGAUACAACCUGCAACGUAAGAAUUUCUAAGUUAUCUCUUCUGAUCCAUAAAUAUCAUAUACUAAGUCUCAAUUGAACCAGUAUUCCUGACAAUCUACAAUUUUGGCAAAGAGAUAUAGAGUCGCCUUGGUUCGGACUUGAAACUGAGUCGUGGGAUAUGAUUCACAUACGGAUGCUUUCUGGGGGUAUAGUUAGCUGGCCCGCAUUAUACCAAAAGGUAUGGAGGUAAGGCUUCCCCAUUUUCCUUCUUACAGCAUAUGACUUCAGCUAAUACAUACUUAAAGAUAUCUUAAGCCUCAAGUGGGUCGCUUUGAACAGGUGGAAAUAGAUUUCACGCCUCGUACAGAUUUUGGAGAAAUUCCACCUGACUCUGCGCUGGCUACAUGGAUGCGGCUGCUUUUCGAUGCUACUCAUCGCAAUCGCCGGCCUCUAGCUUACAACGCAGAAACCGGGAUGAUGCUUCAAAACCAAGGGUUUCUCGAUAUUCAGGAGGAAGUUAUUCAGAUCCCCCUUAACCCAUGGCCUGAUGAUCCACGAGAAAAAGAUAUUGCGAGAUGGUAUAAUUUAGCCCUUACCCAAGGACUAGAAGCAAUGACGCUUGGACCUUUAUGCAGGAUGUUUAAUUGGACGAAAGAUGAUGUCACAAGGCUGAUUACAGAAGUCAGGAGAGAUGUUUGCUCGAGGAAAAUUCGUGCCUACAAUAAUUUGUGAGUAUUCCCCCCCGUAUAAUUAAUUUCUGCGAGACCUUGUUCGGUGAUGUUUUGGGUAUUCAAUCAACCACGGCCAUCCUCAUUUUGCAAUUUUAUCGAGACAUUAAAUUACUAAACUUACAUGAAAUUCAGGCACAUAUGGACUGCACGGCGGCCUGGGGCGUCGGAAGUGACUAUCCCUUUAUAAACACUUCUAAAGCUUAUGGGAUUGGAAAUUGGGAAUGGGGAGGGAUUGGCCAGUGUGGUGUCGAUCGGCGGACUUUAAGUUUCUUUCGGACGUCGCGACAAAUUUGAACAAGGGUGUUGCGCCAGCGUCUCAUUUCGGACCUCGCCUUUCGACCUGACGCGCUUUUGAGACCAGAAUGGAUGACGGAUGAAUUUUAUGGAUUUGAGUUUGUGCGCAUUAUUGUUAGAUGCGCGCGCAUAUAUCAUCAUGCACCUCUAAGCGCUUGCAUGAACAAGCAACGCCAUUGGAAGUUCGAAGGGUGCGGAUGUACCAGCGGCCAAUUGACCGGAGAUUCUAGGUAGAUCCACGAAGGAUCUUAUAAUGGAAAGGCGAAAGUCGAGUGUCAAUUUAUACGUCGAUUCUCAAUUCUCACAGGAUGGUUAAGAAAUGGGGCGGACCGAAGCGUAUACGAUGUGGUGGGCCUUAUCAUGGAUUGGCCCGAGUACAAACACAACAGGCUGUUGCUCCCAAGACUCCGGGUCAAGCUUGCCUACGUAGGGUUCAUGAGUUACACGAGACCUUGAUAAAAUAGGAAGGCGCAGCACAACAUGAACCCGACAAUUCUUGGACUGCAUGCUACAGAAAUUGGGUAAUUUAAAAGCGCAAAUUAUCAGUGGUUUUCUGACGUGUUGCUUGUUGCCGUGGAAAAGAGGAAAAGAAUGUGCUGGCCGUUGCACAACUCAUGAAGGUUACAUUUUUAAUUUCAAAAUAUGGGAAAGAUCAAUUGAUUGGCCAUUUUUGUCUCAACACUAAAGAUCCGAGAUGAUGGUAGCGAGGGCCAGCAAUUAAAGCAGCCGAAGCACGGAACGUCCAAAAAAAUACCUACGCACACUCUCUAUUACUUUCUUAUCCAACGUUUUGUUUUCAGCAUAAAAAGAAGAACAAAUUUUCCGGGGUCUAAGAAUGGAAACCUUAGAAGGAUUGGAUGGGACUUCUCAGCCGGUGGAUACACGGUUAGAAGCAGAUCAGCACGUACCUCUAUUUUAAGUUUCGCCUGCAGCUUUUAACGAUAUACCCCAUGUGUUUCUGUUAUUAUCAUUAUUAUUCCUCCAUUUGAAUGGAUGGUUCAUUUUUUGUUUGUUUAUUGUUUCACGAAUAUCAGCAUGGCCAUAGCAUAUCUUUAUUUUUCUUGAUGAUUCCCCUUUGCUGUAUUCCUGUUUUUUGUUAAAGAAAGAAUUGAAAUUCCAACCUUGCAUGCAUGCAUAGAAUUGGAUUGAUUGAAAGCAUUUUAUUUAAAAGGUGGAUGGCGUGGAUAGGCGAAUGAAUAAAUGAAUGGAAGUCGGAUUUAUACACCCGAUUCUGCAACAUCCGACAGGAAGGAAUAUC